GAGAGGCUGUGUUUCUGUUAAACCCUGAAAAGUGCGUCUCCUCCCCCAGAGUGGCAGACUGCAGAGCAAAAAGCGCCUUGUCUGUCUCACAGGAAGGACUUUCAAACCUCAAGAACAACGUCAGAAGAAGUACCCAGCAGUCGAUCACUCACAGUGCAGCACGGUGGUGUUUUUCAGCCAGGACUUGCUGAGUGCCAGAAGCAUGUUCUCCUGUCACGCAGCACAAGUUCACGUUUGGACACACGGAUUUUGAGACACACAGGAGUGGUCUGAAGCUCGGCUUCCUCUGGCGGAAUUACUCCAGAGUUCAGAGUAGAAACAUGUCAGAGCACAGGUCGAGUUUUCUCCAUAUCGGAGAUAUCGUGUCUCUGUGCGCCGAGGGCACUGUCAAUGGAUUUAUCAGCACUUUGGGGUUGGUGGAUGACAGGUGUGUGGUACAACCCGAGGCUGGAGAUCUUGCAAAUCCUCCCAAGAAAUUCCGAGAUUGCCUGUUUAAGGUAUGUCCUAUGAACCGGUACUCUGCACAGAAGCAGUUCUGGAAAGCCAAACAUGGAAAGCAAGGAACCAAUCCAGAGGAGGAUCUCUUUAAGAAAUUGCAGCAUGCAGCAGAACUGGAGCAGAAACAGAAUGAGACGGAAAACAAGAAGCUACUUGGCGAGGUGGUCAAAUACAGCCAAGUCAUACAGCUGCUGCAUAUUAAAAGCAAUAAGUACCUAACGGUGAAUAAGCGCCUACCGGCUCUGCUGGAGAAGAACGCCAUGCGUGUGUCUCUGGAUCCAUCUGGGAACGAGGGCUCCUGGUUUUACAUCCAGCCCUUCUGGAAGCUCCGCAGUGAAGGCGACAAUGUGGUAGUGGGGGACAAAGUGGUGCUGAUGCCUGUGAAUGCUGGCCAGCCUCUUCACGCCAGCAACAUAGAGCUACUGGAUAACCCAGGCUGCAAUGAGGUGAAUGCUGUAAACUGUAACACCAGCUGGAAAGUCACACUCUUCAUGAAGUUUAGUGAUUACAGAGAUGAUGUUUUAAAAGGGGGAGAUGUGGUGAGAUUGUUCCACGCUGAGCAGGAGAAGUUUCUAACCUGUGAUGACUACAGGCGGCAGCAGCAUGUCUUCCUGAGGACCACUCUGCGCCAGUCAGCCACCUCUGCCACCAGCUCCAAAGCACUCUGGGAAGUCGAGGUGGUACAUCAUGACCCCUGUAGAGGAGGAGCUGGCCAAUGGAACAGUCUUUUCCGCUUCAAGCACCUGGCCACAGGCAAAUACCUGGCUGCAGAGGUGAAUCCAGAUUACCGAGACGAGAAUGUAGAUACAAAAUCAGAGGCUGAGACAGACUCUGUGUUCUCCAAGAAGAAGCGGCAGCUGGAGAAGAUAACUUACAUCCUAGUAUCUGUUCCGCAUGGCAAUGACAUUGCGUCUCUUUUCGAGCUGGAUGCCACCACACUGCAGCGAGCAGAUUGCCUAGUCCCCAGGAACUCCUAUGUCAGGUUGAGAAACCUGUGCACCAACACUUGGGUGACCAGCACUAACAUCUCCAUCGAUUCUGAGGAGGAGAGACCUGUUAUGCUCAAGAUUGGUACGUGUCCCAUCAAGGAGGAUAAGGAGGCAUUUGCUAUUAUCUCUGUACCUCUGUCUGAGGUGAGAGACCUCGACUUUGCUAAUGAUGCCAACAAGGUUCUGGAGUCAUUUGUGCGCAAGCUGGAGAGGUGCCAAAUUGCUCAGAAUGACCGCAGGUUUGUGACCAAGCUGCUCGAGGAUUUGAUCUUCUUUGUAUGUGAGGUGCCCAAUAAUGGGCAGGAUGUGCUUUCGGUGGUCAUCUCCAAUCCCAAUAGAGAAAGACAGAAGCUCAUGAGAGAGCAGAACAUUCUGGCACAGAUCUUUGGCAUUCUAAAAUCGACAUUUGCAGAAAGUGAGGACGGGCCCAUACUGAAACUGGAGGAUCUGGGCGAUCAGCGCAAUGCUCCCUUUAAACACAUGCUGCAGCUCUGCUACAGGAUACUACGCCACUCGCAACAGGACUACCGCAAGAACCAGGAGUACAUUGCCAAGAAGUUUUCCAUCAUGCAAUCUCAGAUCGGCUAUGAGAUCCUGGCAGAGGACACGAUCACGGCCCUGCUUCACAACAACCGUAAGCUGCUGGAGAAGCACAUUACAGCGCGUGAGAUUGAGACCUUUGUCAAGCUGCUACGCAGGAACAGGGAGCCCAGGUUUCUGGAUUACCUUUCAGACCUGUGUGUGUCCAAUAAAACGGCCAUUCCUGUCACACAAGAACUCAUCUGCAAGUUUAUGCUCAACCCCAGUAAUGCAGACAUCCUCAUCCAGACCAAGGUGAUUGUACACACUGAGAACUCUCUGGAUUCAGUCAGUAUGCAUGAUGAAGUUGAGGAUGAUGAGGUGUGGCUGUACUGGAUCGACCAGAAUAAAGAGCCGCACGGCAAGUCCAUCCGUAGCAUGUCCCUAGAUGCCAAGGGCAACCACAAAGAAGACAUUGACAACAUGACCUACUACAGGUGUCAGCUGAACCUUUUUGCUAAGAUGUGUCUGGACCGGCAGUACUUGGCCAUUAACCAGAUCUCCAGCCAGCUGCCGGUGGAUCUGAUCCUGCGCUGCAUGUGUGACGAUUCACUGCCGUUUAAUCUGCGCGCCUCUUUUUGCCGCCUCAUGCUGCACAUGCACGUAGACCGUGACCCCCAGGAGGCUGUGGUACCAGUCCGCUAUGCACGCCUUUGGACUGAGAUCCCCAGCAAAAUCACAGUCAAGGAGUAUGAUUAUGAGUUCAGAGAUGCAGGCAGAGUGGAGAUGAAGAGGAAUUUUUCACCUACCAAGGAGUUUGUAGAUCAGUACCUGAAUGAUGUAGUGAGCCAUCCUUUACCCUUUGGAGAUGAGGAGAAGAACGAGCUCACUCUAGAGGUGGUGAACCUGGCCCGUAAUCUGGUCUACUUUGGUUUCUACAGCUUCAGUGAGCUGCUGUGUCUCACACGCACCCUGCUGGCCAUUUUGGACAUUGUGCAGCACCCGCUCACAUUCAUGCCCAAACUCAGCAAAACCCCUGAAGCAGGUAAUAAUGUCCUGCGCACUAUUCAUGGUGUGGGUGAGAUGAUGACUCAGAUGGUUCUGAGCAGAGGUGCCAUGCUAACCCAUUCCUCCCAGCCAAUAUCGGGCCAUGGGAAAAAAACACACGGCCUGUCUGAGAGCGAGGAUGUGGUAGUGAUGGACACUAAGCUCAGGAUUAUUGAGAUUUUGCAGUUCAUUCUGAGUGUACGUCUGGACUACCGGAUCACCUACCUUCUGUCCAUCUACAAGAAAGAGUUUGGAGACCACUCAGACAGCAGUCUCUCAGUCACUGAUUUCCCCACUUUUCCCUCAGAGCCAAAUGUAGAGGAGAUUGCUGAAAAAGCAGAGAACAUGUUUGCUGGAAGCGGUAAGGAGAGGACAUCGGUGGAUCUGGACGAUGAAGGAGGCACAACAUUUCUGCGAGUGCUGAUUCACCUCAUCAUGCAGGACUAUCCUCCUCUGGUCUCUGGUUCACUGCAGCUCCUAUUCAAACACUUCAGCCAGAGAGCUGAGGUCCUCCAGGCUUUCAAACAGGUCCAGCUGCUGGUGUCUGAACAGGAUGUGGAGAACUAUAAACAGAUAAAGGCUGAUCUGGACCAGCUGCGGCUGACUGUGGAGAAGUCAGAGCUGUGGGUGGAGAAGAAUGGAGGCUACGGCAAUGAGGACGCCACUGAAACCCAGGCUAAAGAGCAAAACAUGGAGGAGGCGGGCAUCCUCAGUCCUGUGCAGGAUGGAAACGUUAAGCCACAGAUAGACAGCAACAAAGCCAACAACUACAACAUUGUGAAAGACAUCCUGCAGCGUCUCAGUAAGUUGUGUUACCCUGCAAAGAAGAGUCGUGUGCAGCAGCAGAGGUUGCUGAAGAACAUGGGAGCUCACACUGUAGUGCUGGACCUGCUGCAGAUCCCUUACGAGGCAGGAGAUGAGAAGAUGAAAGAGAUCAUGACUCUGGCUCACACCUUCCUGCAGAACUUCUGUAAUGAUAACCCUCAGAACCAGAUUCUGCUUCACAAACACCUCAACCUUUUCCUCACCCCUGGGCUUUUGGAGGCAAAAACCAUGCGCUACAUCUUCCAGAACAACUAUCACCUGUGUAAUGAGAUCAGUGACCGUGUGGUGCAUCACUUUGUACACUGCAUGGAGACACACGGCCGCCGUGUCCCGUACCUACGCUUCCUACAGACCAUAGUGAAGGCUGAUGGCAAAUAUGUGAAGAAGUGCCAGGACAAAGUGAUGACCGAGCUGGUGAAUGCAGGUGAGGAGGUCCUAGUGUUAUACAAUGACCGGGCGUCAUUCCCCACGCUGCUGCAGCUGAUGAACUCAGAGGCGGAGCGCAGUGAUGAGAACGGUGCUCUGGCCUACCACAACAACCUGGUGGAGCUGCUGGCUGCCUGCACUGAGGGCAAGAACGUCUACACUGAGAUCAAAUGCAAUUCACUGCUGCCGCUUGAUGAUAUCGUCAAGGUGGUGACUCAUGAGGACUGCAUCCCUGAAGUGAAAAUUGCCUACGUGAAUUUUGUGAACCACUGCUACGUGGACACAGAGGUGGAGAUGAAGGAAAUAUACACUAGCAACCACAUCUGGAACCUGUUUGAAAACUUCCUGGUAGACAUGGCCAGAGUGUGCAGUGGCACCACAGACAGAAAUAGAGCUGACCCCGUGCUGGAGAAAUAUGUCACUGAAGUCAUCAUAGCCAUCGUCAAAGGCUUCUUUGGUUCUCAGUUUUCUGUCAGCACGGCCAAUCUGCAGACACAUCAAGGCACGUUCGUACGUCUGCUGCAGUCCACCCUCAGAGUCUGUACCUGCACUUGGAUCAGUGCUCUGCAGAAGACGAACAUCGAGGCCUGCAUCAAGACCCUCGCUGAUGUGGCUAAGAGCCGGAACUUAGCUCUACCAGUAGAUCUGGACGGUCAGGUGAACUUUCUGUCUCAGAAGACACACACCAACAUGGUACAGCGUGCUGCCAAAGACUGGAGGCUAUCAGCUCGUACUCGACCUCGCAAAGAAAUGCUGGGGACGCCGGACUACAAGAACAUCAUUGAAAAACUGCAGGGGGUAGUGCAGUAUCUAAAAGAGCGGUUCAGUCCACUGGUGCAGGCCGAGUUCUCUGUAUUGGUUGACAUUCUGCAUAGUCCAGAGCUGUUGUUCCCCGAGCCAGCACGACUGCGCUGUGAGACUGGAGCCUUCAUGACCAAGCUGAUAAAGCACACAAAGAAGCUGAUGGAUAAGGAAGAGAAGUUGUGUAUCAAGAUUCUGCAGACGCUCCGCGAAAUGCUGGACAAGAAGGAGACUUUUGAUGACCAGGGCAAUGCAUUGAGGAAGACUCUGUUGACGCACUACUUCGGCAACCAUCGACUCCACUCCAAGGCUCUGGAGUAUGGCAGUGGUGGAGGAUCAUCCCCUGGAGCUGGUUCUCCAGGACAGGAUUCUGAUAAGCCUGGCACGUCUAUGGUGGAUAUCCAGUGUCUUUUGGAUAGUGUGGGAGCAACAGAGCUAGUCAUUGAUCUCAUCGUCAGCACCAAGAAUGACCGUGUGUUUGAGGAGAGUAUCCUAUUAGGCAUUGCACUGCUAUGGGGUGGAAACACACAGAUACAAAAUUCCUUCUAUCAUCAGCUGCACAAGCAGAAGAAGUCAGAGAAGUUCUUCAAAGUUUUCUACGACCACAUGCAGCUGGCUCAGAAGGAGAUCCGCUCCACCGUCUCCGUCAACAUGUUUGAGAUCAGCUGCCGGAAGCGCGAGGAGGAAGGCGAAGUUACCAACUUCAGACAGAGGAAAGGCUUUGACUCCAUGCACCUGAAAGAGGAGAUGAGGGGACAGCUGAAAGACGCUUCUUGUGCCACCUCCAAGGCUUACAGUGCUUUCCGUAAGGAGGGAGACCCGGAGCAUGAGAUGGCAGGUCAAGGGGCUGAGGAGACGGAGGAGGUGGUGGAGGAGGUGCAGAUGGGUCAGGCCAUCACCAUCAUGAAGCCCAUUUUGCGUUUUCUGCAGCUGCUGUGUGAGAACCACAACAGGCAUCUACAGAAUUUCCUUCGAGACCAGAACAACAAAACCAACUAUAACCUGGUAUGUGAGACUCUGCAGUUUCUGGACUGCAUCUGCGGCAGCACCACAGGAGGCUUGGGGCUGUUGGGCCUCUACAUUAAUGAGAGGAACGUGGACCUAGUCAAACAGACACUGGAGAGCAUCACUGAGUACUGCCAAGGCCCUUGCCAUGAGAAUCAGUCUUGUAUAGCCAAGCAUGAGUCCAAUGGCAUUGACAUCAUCAUCGCACUUAUAGUGAAUCCUAUUGAGCCCUUGGGGAAGACUAGGAUUGACCUUGUGUUGGAGCUGAAGAAUAAUGCCUCCAAGCUGCUGCUGGCCAUCAUGGAGAGUUGCCAUGAUAGUGAGAACGCAGAGAAAAUCCUGGACAAGAUGAGACCUAAUGAGCUGGUGGAUGUAAUUAAGGAGGCCUAUUUGCAGGGAGUGGAGAAUGAGGGAGAUACGGAAGUAGCAGGAGACACGAUCAGUCCUAGAGACGUGGGCCACAACAUCUACAUCUUGGCCCAUCAGUUGGCACGGCACCGAAAAGCGCUGCAGCAGAGUCUAAAGCCAGGCCUGGAUCCGGACGAUGAGAGAGAAGAAGCACUCCCAUUCUAUGCCAAACACACCGCUCAGAUUGAGAUUGUGCGUCAUGACCGCACUAUGGAGCAGAUUGUGUUCCCAGUACCCAACAUCUGCGAGUACCUGACUGUGGAGUCCAAAGUGCGAGUGUUCACCACCACGGAGAGAGAUGAUCAGGGCAGCAAAGUCAACCACUUCUUCCAGCAGUUUGAAGACCUGUACAACGAGAUGUGGUGGCAGAAGAAAAUGAGGAAUAAUGUUGCUCUGUUCUGGGUAUCGAAACACAUCUCUCUUUGGGGAAGCAUCUCCUUUAACCUGGCUGUGCUGGUCAACAUUGCCGUAGCUCUGUUCUAUCCAUUUGGAGACGAUGAAGAUGAAGGUGUCCUGCCCCCUUUCCUGUCUGUCCUGCUGUGGGUGGCGGUAGCCAUAAGCACAUCUAUGCUCUUCAUCCUGCCCAGGCGAGGAGGCAUUCUGGCUUUCUUAAUUACAGUCAUCCUCCGCUCCAUAUAUACUAUAGGCUUAGGCCCCACGCUGCUGCUGCUCGGAGCCACCAAUCUGCUGAAUAAGAUUGUCUUCUUGGUGAGUUUCGUGGGGAACCAGGGCACGUUCACACGAGGGUACAAAGCAGUCAUCAUGGACGUCUUUUUCCUCCUGCACGUCUCCUAUGUCAUCGUCUGUAUGCUUGGCCUGUUUGUCCACGAGUUCUUCUACAGCAUACUGUUGUUCGAUCUGGUACGCAGAGAGGAGACACUGUUGAAUGUGAUGAGGAGUGUGACGAAGAAUGGUCGCUCCAUCUUCCUCACCGCUGUGCUAGCCAUCAUCCUGGUUUACCUCUUCUCCAUCGUAGGAUUCCUCUUCCUCAAAGAUGACUUCCUGAUGGAAGUGGACCGUCACCCUGCGCUCGAGAGGAUAAGAUCGGGGCAAUUUGCAGACCCUGAGAGCUGUGUGGUGGACACCUGCCCCCGUCAGUUCCCGGCUUCGUACCACGGCAAGGAAGAAGCUGAGGAUGCAUCAGAGCGAGUGUGUGACACUCUGUUAAUGUGUAUCGUAACAGUCCUGAACCACGGGCUGCGCAAUGGAGGUGGCAUAGCCGACAUUCUCCGCAAGCCUUCAAAAGAUGAACCCAUGUUUGCUGCUCGCGUGGUGUACGACCUGCUGUUCUUCUUCAUUGUCAUCAUCAUCGUUCUGAACCUCAUCUUCGGUGUGAUCAUUGACACGUUUGCUGAUCUGAGGAGUGAGAAACAGGGCAAGGAGGAGAUCCUGAAGACCACCUGCUUCAUCUGCGGGCUGGAGAGAGACAAGUUUGACAACAAGACAGUGUCAUUCGAGGAGCACAUCAAGAAUGAGCACAACAUGUGGCACUACCUGUACUUCCUGGUUCUGGUGCGGGUGAAGGACCCCACUGAGUACACCGGUCCUGAAAGCUACGUGGCCCAAAUGAUCAAGGAGAAGAACCUGGACUGGUUCCCACGGAUGCGGGCCAUGUCUCUAGUGAGCAGUGAAGGGGAGAGUGAACAGAAUGAGAUGCGGUUACUGCAGGAGAAGCUCGAUACCACCGUCACACUCGUAGCACAGCUUUCUGCUCAACUUGCAGAGCUCAAAGAACAGAUGACUGAGCAGAGGAAAAACAAGCAGAGGAUGGGCUUCCUGGGUCCAACACAAGUCAACCACCAUAUACCCCCUGCACACUGAGAACAGGCCUGACAAGACACACACGAUUCCCGUCCUCUCAUCACAGACUGGUUUUCUGUUCGGACCUUGAGCUUCUAGAGAAAUGCCUGGGGACUGUCUCACUCAAACCUCUUACACAGCAAAUCAGUGACGUUUCCAGAGUCUCCUGUCUAGGGCAGAUCCCUAAUGGAAAUGCUGCCUGUGGACUUUUAACUAUAAAGUAUUACUCGUGUUUUAAAUGUCAUUCCAUUUUAAUGGUCUUACUUUUGGCAGUAACUGGAGAGCAGUGUAAGUCAAGGUGAACUUCAGGAUGUACCUCACUCAGUGGGGUUACUGCUGCUUUGGAAGUGCCUUAGAGCUUUUUCUCAUAGAGGAAAUGCUGAAUAAAAUGUCCUUUUAUCCUUUAGAAACUACAGAACUGGAAAUAAAAUGUUAAUCUCAUCUCACAGUUAAAGUCACCAUCUGGUUUCGUUAGGAGAAACUUCUUGAAAAUUGUUGGUCAUCUUUGUACAUUCAUGUUCAUUUUUAUUGAAAAUGUAUGUAGUGCCUACUAAGCAAAUCACUGCGCUAGAGGUACCUUUUUAAAAUGUUGUGUGUGGUUAGUAACUGGGUGAAUGUAUGUGUGAACCAUGUCUGAAUGCUAGAUUGGUACAGUUUGCUGUAAGCAGACAAAGAUCCUGCUGAGUAACUUGUCAAAUAUUUAUAUUGAUUUGAAGCAUUCCCUAAUUUUAACAUUUCAUUGUGCUUUCAACAAGACAGUUUAACUCACUCUCAAGUCACCUUAUCAUGUUAUUUUGUGUGUAGAUUUGCACAAGUGACUUACACAAGGAUUGAAAGGAUGUAAUUGAGAAGAAAUACCUUUUAUGUUCAAGCAAUCUCAAAUGAUAGAGUAUUUUACAUGAUCACAAUACUGUAAUAAAUAUAUAUGUAUA